GGAUCUUUGAGUUCCGAAGACCAGACUUCUAGAAGGAUAACCACAAAUGAAGGCCCAAGCACUCCAGAAAACCUUCCCUGACUUAACUCAUCUAUUAACUCAGUUUACCAGACACAUCCAUUCCGAGAUCACGAUGGCUGUAUUCAACGUGAGCAGCUUCAAUCCAGGCCCAUUCAUCCUAUUGGGAAUCCCAGGGCUGGAGCACUUCCACAUCUGGAUCGGGAUUCCCUUCUUCAUUAUCUACCUCGUGGCCCUUGCAGGCAACAGUGUCCUUCUCCAUCUUAUUUCCACGGAGCGCAGCCUCCAUGAGCCCAUGUUCUUUUUCCUUUCUAUGCUGGCUGCUACAGAUCUCAUUCUGUCUAAUACAUGUGUACCCAAAAUACUCAGUAUCUUCUGGCUAGGUCCUCAGGAAAUCACCUUUCCUGGAUGCCUUACUCAGAUGUUUUUUCUCCACUACAGCUUUACCAUGGAUUCUGCAAUUCUGCUGGCAAUGGCAUUUGAUCGCUUUGUUGCCAUUUGCUUCCCCCUAAGAUACGCCACUAUUCUCACUCGUCAGAUUAUUACUAAGAUUGUGAUGGGUAUUAUCAGCAGGAGCUUUUGUAUCAUCUUUCCAUGUGUGUUCCUCUUAAAACGACUUCCCUUCUGCCGAACGUUCAUUAUACCUCACACAUACUGUGAGCACAUAGGCGUUGCCCGGCUCGCCUGUGCGGACAUCUCCAUCAACAUCUGGUAUGGCCUUGCUGUGCCGGUAAUGACUGUCACCUCAGACCUGAUCCUCAUUGGCAUUUCCUACACUCUCAUUCUCCGUGCUAUCUUUUACCUCCCAUCCCGGGAUGCCCGCCAGAAAGCCCUUAGCACGUGUGGUUCCCAUGUUUGUGUGAUUCUUAUAUUCUACACGCCAGCCAUGUUCUCUGUCCUCACCCACCGUUUUGGUCACAAUAUUCCUCACUCCUUCCACAUAAUGUUUGCCAACCUCUAUGUAGCCAUCCCACCUGCACUCAAUCCAAUUAUCUAUGGGAUGAAGACCAAACAGAUUCGGGAUAAGAUCAUCCUCCUGUUCUUCCCCAAAGGGACCCAGUGAUAUUCGGUUAAAAGCUUGAGAAACAAAACAGGUGAUUCUGAUACUGAAGAAAUUGUGGCUCCUUUCAGAUGGGAAAAGUCCUGGCCCUGUGAAAAACCCCAAGUCUUGAUCUUGUAGUUAUUUUCCAGUUCUGGAAAUAAACAUAACUAUCCUGCAUGCUGCACAUCACUGUUUCUGGAGUAAUGUUAUUUCUCUAUCCUAAAACUCCCCAGCUUUAAAUCACGUAUCAUCAAAAUACAUUAUCAGUUAUCUCUACUUGUUGCAAUUCCCUUCAGUCUAGGCAUUCUUCCUGCUUUAAAGAUUUUUAGCUUCUCUUUCAAUGUAAUUCUCUCCACAAUUACUUUUAUCACUAUUAUUUGUGAUCUUAAUGUCCACAUAGGUCAUUCUUUAAUAAUUCUAGUGGAAGAUUGUAUUUUCCAAAGACACCACAGCAAUACCUUCCAUUUCCCGUGAUUUUUUUUUUGCAGUGUGAACUUGCCAUUCCCACACUAACAGUUGAAAUCUAAUUCCCCUUCUCUUGAAUCUAGGUUGACCUUAAGGGUUGCUUGACAAAUAGAAUGCAGUGGAUGUGACAUUUGGAAGCUUCCAAGGCUCCCAUCCCAUUGCCAUUGAGUUGAUUCUGACUCAUAGCAAACAUAUAAGACUGAGUAGAACUACUGUAUAGAGUAAAGGCUGUGAUCUUUACUGAAACAGACUGCCAUAUCUUUCUUCCACAAAUCAACUGGUAGGCACAAACUGCCAAUCUUUGAUUAGCAGCCACGUGCUUAACCACUGUGCCACCAGAUUUCUUCCUAGGUCUCUUGAAAUGCUUGAUUUUGGUACACUCCCUCUUGGGAUCCAGCCACUCUGCUGGAUUCAACAAUGGGCUCAAGCGUAAUAACGAUUGAGAGAAUGGUGCAGGACUGGGCGGUGUUGUAUUCUGUCGUUCACAGGCUCCCUGUGUGUCAGAACCGACCUGACGGCACAACAAAAACAUGCUAUGAGGAUCCCAAGUGACAUGGAGAGGCCAUGAAAUUGUUCAGUGUCUAAGCAGAGUUUAGAGGAAAUACAAAGAGUCAAGGUUGGCUGGGUUCAAAUAUAAAAUUGAGUUAUAUUCCCAGUCUCUCCAGAAGACAAAAGACUUUCAAAGUAAGCUGUAAGAUUCUUUGUUAAGAAUUGAGACAUAUUUAAAGAUGUCCUGUAUAAACAUUUUUAAUUAGACAAAGAAGCUCCAAGAAUCUUAAAGGCAUUUACUGUAGCACCCUAACUCUGAGUCAAAAUCAAUGAGACCAGUUUUGAAGAUACUUGUGAGUGUGAUUUUUGUCUAAUGACACCCAACAACACUCAUUGCCAUUGAGUCUAUUCCAAAUCCUAGUGACCCUCUAGGACAGAGUAGGACAGGCCCAUAGAGUUUCCAAGGAGAGCCUGGUGGAUUCGAACUGUUGACCUUUUGGUUAGCAGCCAUAGCUCUUAACUACUCUGCCACCAGGGUUUCCUUGUCUAAUGAAGUGAACCUAAAAUAUUCAUAGAAAACUCACAAAGUUUUAGAAAGAAAUGUACAAGCACCAUCAGCUUGGACUAAAAAGGACAUUUGUUAGUUGCCAUUGAGUUGACUCUGACUCAUGGUGACCCAUAUGUGCAGAGUAGAACUGCUCCAUAGAGUUUUCAAUGCUAUGACCUUUCAGAAACAGAUCAUCAGAUCUUGCUUCUAAAGUGCCUUUGGAUGGGUUUCAACCACCAGGCUUUCAGGUAGUAGCCUAGCACUUAACCAUUAGUACCACCCAGGACUCCCAGGGUAAAAAUAAAAGAGGUCUUUGGGUCUCCAACUUCCUUUAGGUGGGAAGCAGGGUGGGAAAGCCCCUCAACUAUAAACACAGGUCAUUUCUCAUUGAAAACCAAGGAUGACAUAGAUUAUGAACCCAGUUGCCCAGAGCCUGAGGCCAAGAGCCAUGGAGAACCAUUCCCAGGGAGCAGGAUCUGGUCCUUAUUAAGAAUCUGGUGAUAUAUCCCUGGCGGGAUUUUAGAACUAUAAUGGACCAUUGAUUGCUAUAUGCCUCUCCCACGGCCACAAUUUUGAAUAUGAGGAACUGUUGCAGUUAUCUUGUCUCUGUAUAACCGUUGCGUAUUGGAUGCAUACCCAUAUACACACUACUAUUGAGUCGAUUCUGACUCAUAACAACCCUAUAAGACAGGGUAAAACUGCCCCGUAGGGUUUCCAGGGCUGUAAAUCUUUACAGAAGCAGACUGCCGCAUCUUUCUCUUGUUUCUCAGCUGGUGGGUUCAAACUGCUAACCUUUGGUCAACAGCUUAACCAGUGCCCAAUUAGGGCUCCUCAUUGGAUGCGUAGGGGGCAGAUAAUCAUCUCUUUAGUUCACAGGUCCUCAAACUGAGGGGAAUUGCGCUCAAUGAGCUAUAUACAAGGAACUAUACUCAAGGAACCUCAUUCAUACUUUGCCCUGAUUUAGAGGAAUAAAAUCCUGUACUUUGAACUGAUCGCAUAAUGGGAAUGAAACUUGGGGGGUCUGAGGGAAUGGAAUGAAUGCAUUUGGCAUGUAGGAAGGGACAUGCAUUAAUGUAGUAAGAGGAUAGGUUGUUAGAUGUUUCAGUUUCCAAAGAUGGACAAAACGCUAUCUUUCACCCCUUUUUGCAUUAUGGCUUUGCCACUACCCCAAGUUGUACAAUCUAAUCUCCCACCGCUUGGAUCUGUGUUGGCCUUAGGGACAGAGCUUGAAAAAUAGAAUGCAGUAGAUAUGACAUUUUGGGGUGUUUGACGUUAGGUUAUAAGAAACCUUACAACUUCUCCAUCCAUAUCUUGGAAUAUUUGCCUUUUGGACACUGUCUCCAGAACAUAGCCACCAUGCUGUGAGAAUCUCCAGCCACAGGAAAAGGUUAUGUGGUGGACAGCCCUGGCUGAACUCCUAGAUAACAGCCAGAAUAAAAUGCACCUACUCUAGUUAGAGAUGACUACAGCUCCAUCAAAAUGUAAUUAGAGCAACUUGA